AAGUGUCACCAAGAGGAACCAUCCUGUUGGUUUUCAUAGCUCCGAGAACUUAUUUAUUCAUUACUGCUUCAGAGUGGCACAGUCAUUCGGAGCGGCUGGCAGCUGUGGGAGAAGAAGACCCAUAUGUGUGGAGGUGUUCCCAGGUCUACCCCAAGCUCUCCGAAAGGUGACGGAACCAACUUCUUCCUUACUCCAGGGUUCUACAGGGAGCCGCAGGGCUACAGACUGAAGUUUUCCUAAAGUCGCCCGAGCAAGACAUUUGCUUGAUGUCCCUCAUCUGAGCUCAGCAGUUGUUCCAUGGGGGCUGAUGGCACGGACCAAAAGAUCAGAAUGCUGAACAUACAGAACGGAGCUUGGGGUAGCCGGCAGGACUGGUAUCAAGACAAUAUUGUGACUGGGCAGUCCAACACAACCAUUGACAGUUGCCAGCAGCUAGACAGCAGUCUUGACUCUGAGCAUCAGCCUGGGGCUGCUAACGAUGACCUCGAUGAGUCUCAGAUUCGUCUGCAGCUGAAACGGAAACUUCAGCGAAACAGAACAUCCUUCACCCAAGAGCAGAUUGAGGCUUUAGAGAAAGAGUUUGAGAGGACACAUUACCCAGAUGUUUUUGCCAGAGAAAGACUUGCAGCAAAAAUUGAUCUUCCUGAAGCCCGGAUUCAGGUUUGGUUCUCAAACCGAAGAGCCAAAUGGCGAAGAGAAGAAAAGCUGCGUAACCAGCGACGCCAAGCAAGUAAUACCUCCAGCCACCUCUCCAUCAACAGCUCCUUCUCCAGCAGCGUGUACCAAUCUAUCCCACAGCCCAGCAACUCAGGUUCAAUGCUUGGCCGAAGUGAAGCAGCUAUAACAAACAGUUAUGGUUCUCUGCCUCCUCUACCGAGCUUCACCAUGCCUAACAAUCUCCCUAUUCAGCCCAUUGCGAGUCAGACCUCCACCUAUUCCUGCAUGAUCUCAUCGAGCCCGUCAGUGAGUGUCCGCAGUUACGAUGCUUACACCCCUCCUCAGUUACAGACUCACAUGAGUAACCAGAAUCUGGGAUCUGGUGCUUCCAGUUCUACGGGAUUAAUUUCUCCUGGGGUUUCCGUCCCUGUUCAAGUUCCAGGAGGUGACCCAGAUCUGACUCAGUACUGGCCAAGGCUGCAGUAAAGCCGGGAUGGAUCUGGCCUAAUACAAGUUAUGUCAACUUACAUUAAUAAGACUAAACAUCAUCAUCUGCAAACAAAAGGACAUUAUGAAGGUCAAACGGGGCAAGAACCAAUGAUUAAGAAGCGAACAAGCUGUAUUUUUAUCCUUUCAAUUCUAAAUUCCAACUUUUUUUUUGUUUUUCAAGAGAAGAGAAUAAGACAUCGCCAGCUCAGUCUGUCACAAAAUAAAUUUCACCAAAUUAGAGCAAACCUUUCUGAACAGAGCUAUUCCAUUUUAGUUGUCGAGAGCAUCAGUAAUUUCCUGCUGUAUUACACAUGAUGUGUGACCGACCUUGGUGGUUUCACUACAAAGGUGGCUUAUUCGAACAGUACUUCCUGCUAUUCAAGCACUGCUGUAUGGAGGUGUUUGCUGUUUUAAUUAUGUAGCUGUGCUGUGUCCAGCUGGAUAUCCUACAUCAUGUGUAGCCUAAAGUUAUCUAGAAAACAAGGUCUUACCUUGACCACACCGUCUUAGUAAUUAAUACCACUUCAUAUUGCAGUCUUAUUGUAAGAUGGGCCUGUACUCUAACUGAAUUAUAGAGGCAGACACAACCCAAGGCAUAUUUGAAUGAAUUUAUUCAAGAAUCUUCAGAACUUAAUCAUUUGCUUAAGAUCUCAUAUACUUCAAGGCAUGAGAUACAAAGAUAUAGAAAAAGACAUCUCCAAGAUAUUGGUUGUUGUGGUUUCCUGUUCUUCUGAACUGCACAUUUCCCUUAACUUAAGCCUCAAACCAUUCUCUGUGCUGCCGUCAUACGGAAGGGCCAUAGCCUUUCCCUUAGGAACAUAUCAUUGGUGUAUUAUUAAAACCAGUCAAAAGCUUCAUGGCUGCAUAGUAAAUAGAGCCAUGAGCUAUCAGUUGCAUCACAUAAAAAACUCUGAUCUUGUGGAAUAUUCAAAGAAAGCAUAUCAUAACCGUGCUGAAGAAACCAUUGCACCCACUGCCUCCAAAGCCAUGAAACAGAAGAAGGGUUGUGAGAGUACUGGAAAAACCUUUCCACCAUGUACUGUGAGAUGGGCUACUAAAAGACCAUCUGCUCCGACUAGAUAAGAAAUGAGUAGGGAUAUCUGAAUGGUUCUUCUUCAGCAAUUACAUGAAUUAUCAGCUAUGAUUUGGCUUAAUAACGCUUAUUUGUACAAUGACACAAGGGUGCCAUCGCUCAUACUUAGGAUAAAAGAAGAAUAUGAAGGCAACUACUUCCACCGCAUUCUUUACUGUACUUAUAUAAAGGAACAUAAACAAGACCUUAUACAAGGAGAAAUGGCAAUCUAUUUAUACCACUGGCAAAUUCAGAUUGGACAUAUACAUACAAUUCUUCAGUGGGCAUCCAGGCAUUCAGGGAUAUCUGUUGUAUUUCAUGCGCAUGUUAUUUCAUAUUCUUUAGGUUACACAAGUGAAAUUGAAUUUUGUACAGUGCUAACUUUGAGCCUGCCCUAUGGUCGUUCAGCUUUUUUAAGGUAUAAGAAGUAGAACUGGGUGCUCGGAAUAGUAUUUCAGCAACAGCGUAAGGGGGAGACUGGUUGAGCACUGGUUGAUUUUAUUACUGUUGCUAUCUCACCCUACUAUCCCCUACUGUUCCUACCUAGAUAUACUGAUCAUUGGGGCCUCUACCAUGUGCAAGGCCCAUAGCAUUCACCCCUAAAUGUAUCCCCUUAAGAGGGCAGUAGUGGCACAAUAUAAAUUGGUGCAAGACUGUAUCUGGAGAGACUUCCACAUCAGGUGAUUGGGCCAACAUAAACUGCAACACAACUUAAAAAAUGUCUACCAGUGAAUGUCACAGUAGUAACAGCUUAUUUAAAGUCAUUUUGGCAGAAAAGGGUAUUGGACAUGGUUGUUGAAAGGUAAAAAGACAAUUUACAACUCAGGUCACCUAUAAAUACUCCACAACCAUAUUCACUUCCAUAAACACUGGUUCGGUGCAUCCCUACUAUCAACCUUUGAACAACAGGAGUGGUGGGUAUUUAAAGAUUUAGAGGCUGUUCACUGAUUAAAAUUUUUUGUGGGGGUUUUAAAUGUUCUUCAAGAGCAAUUACGCCGAAACACCUAUCAUGUAAGAGAGAGUCACAAUAACCCCCCUACCUCCUUUCCUAAUCAGAUAUAAUAAGGAUAUCUCGAACUCUCUCUCAUUUAUACACAAAAGAAUGCAAAAAAUUGCAUUUGGUAUAUUACUUUAUUAGCAACUUCAAAACAUUGUGUUAUAUUAAUGGCCUCUCAUGGUACGUACUAAUAUAUUCAUUGUUUUUAAAGAAAGGUAUUUUGUAACUCCAGAAGUAUACAGUUAAACAUGUCCCUGUCGCGGCUCAGAUGAAUAUAUACUGUACAGGUACACAUUUUUAUAUCCAAUUUCUCCUCUAUAAACAUCUGAAAAGGCUUUUCCAUAGUCCGUCCAUUUGCUGGCACUAAAACUGAUGCUACAGUUCUCAUUAAAGACAGGUCCUGGGGAUAACAUGGCAAAUAAAGUGUCAGUAUUCCUUUAAUUCUGCUAAAUUACUGCCCUGAUGACCGAAAAUGCAACCUUACUGGGCUACAGGUGUGAUCACUGACUGAGCAUGUAUGUACCAUAUUCCUAAUGUGUUGUCUUCAUUAUUUAAAAGAAAUGUGCUUUUGUCAACCAUUAAAAACACUGUUUAACAUUUA